AUGAGCGAACUAGUAACUCAGGGAGGUAUCUCGGACCCUGCCCUCAUCAAGCUUGUCAACAAGCUCCAAGAUGUCUUCGCGACUGUCGGUGUCAACAACCCCAUCGAUCUGCCACAAAUAGUCGUCGUCGGUUCGCAAUCCAGCGGUAAGAGCUCGGUGCUCGAGAACAUCGUAGGAAGAGAUUUCCUGCCUCGAGGCUCGGGUAUCGUGACAAGACGGCCCCUGGUCCUCCAGCUCAUCAACCGACCCGCCGGGUCACAACCAAACGGAGUCAAGGACGAAGUCGCCAACUCAACCGAUAAGGCUGCCAACCAAGACGAAUGGGGCGAGUUCUUGCACGUCCCCGGCCAGAAGUUCUACGACUUCAACAAGAUCCGCGAUGAGAUCAGCCGCGAGACUGAGGCAAAGGUCGGCCGGAAUGCUGGCAUCUCCCCCGCCCCUAUCAACCUGAGAAUCUACUCUCCCCACGUCCUGACGCUCACCCUUGUCGAUCUCCCCGGCUUGACCAGAGUCCCUGUCGGUGACCAACCCCGAGACAUCGAGAGGCAAAUUCGCGACAUGAUCAUCAAGUACAUCCAAAAGACAAACGCCAUCAUUCUGGCCGUCACCGCAGCCAACCAGGACCUGGCCAACUCGGACGGUCUCAAGCUCGCGAGAGAGGUCGACCCCGAUGGACAAAGGACAAUCGGCGUCCUGACCAAGGUGGACUUGAUGGACGAGGGCACAGAUGUCGUCGAUAUUCUCGCCGGCCGCAUCAUUCCUCUUCGCCUGGGCUACGUCCCCGUCGUCAACAGAGGACAGCGCGACAUCGACAACAAGAAGCCCAUCAACCAAGCUCUGGAGGCCGAGAAGAACUUCUUCGAGGAACACAAGGCCUAUCGUAACAAGAGCUCCUACUGCGGUACUCCUUACCUGGCACGAAAGCUCAACCUCAUUCUUAUGAUGCACAUCAAGCAGACACUUCCCGACAUCAAGGCCAGGAUUGCCAGCUCGCUGCAAAAGUACAGUGCCGAACUCACUGCCCUGGGUCCUUCUAUGCUCGGCAACAACUCCAACAUCGUCCUCAACAUCAUCACAGAGUUCACCAACGAAUGGAGAACCGUCUUGGAGGGAAACAACGGCGAGCUGUCCAGCACCGAGCUUUCUGGUGGUGCUAGAAUUAGCUUUGUCUUCCACGAACUGUACUCCAACGGUGUCAAGGCCGUCGAUCCUUUCGACGCUGUCAAAGACGUGGAUAUUCGGACUAUUCUGUACAACUCGUCGGGUUCCUCCCCCGCUCUGUUCGUUGGCACCACCGCUUUCGAGCUUAUCGUCAAGCAACAAAUCAAGCGUCUGGAAGAGCCCAGCUUGAAGUGUGUCUCUCUGGUAUAUGACGAGCUGGUGCGCAUCCUUACUCAACUUCUGCAGAAGCAGCUCUACCGAAGAUAUCCUCAGUUGAAGGAGACUGUACACAACGUCAUCAUCUCCUUCUUCAAAAAGGCCAUGGAGCCUACCAACAAGCUGGUCAAGGACUUGGUGGCUAUGGAAUCCUGCUACGUCAACACCGGCCAUCCUGAUUUCUUGAACGGACACCGAGCUAUGGCUAUUGUCAACGAGAGACACACCAGUGCCAAGCCCGUGCAGGUUGAUCCCAAGACUGGCAAGCCCCUUCCUGCUUCGGCCACUCCAGCUCGUGCUGCCAGCCCUACCUUGGACGUCGGAGACGCGAGCAAUGGUGGUUUCUUCGGUAGCUUCUUCGCUGCCAAGAACAAGAAGAGGGCCGCAGCCAUGGAAGCGCCGCCACCCAUGCUCAAGGCCUCUGGCACCCUAUCGGAACGCGAAAAUAUCGAGGUCGAGGUCAUCAAGCUGCUCAUCUCCUCGUAUUACAACAUCGUCAAGAGAACCAUGAUCGAUAUGGUUCCCAAGGCCAUCAUGCUGAACCUGGUCCAGUUUACAAAGGAUGAGAUGCAACGAGAGCUUUUGGAGAACAUGUACCGUACUGACACUCUCGACGAGCUUCUCAAGGAGUCCGACUACACAACCCGUAGGAGAAAGGAGUGCCAGCAGAUGGUCGAAUCGCUCAGCAAGGCCAGCGAGAUUGUUAGCCAAGUACAAUAG